AAGGAGGGAAGGAAAGAAAAGGAAAACGGGCAGCUGACGGGCCUGAAAUCUCUCCGAGAAGCCCACGCCACUUUUCGAGAAGAUGUCUAACACUCAGGGGUUACAAGAGGAGCUGACUAGCGUGCGCAAAGCCCUUCCUGAGGCGAAGGAAUGUUCUAGAAGCAAGUGCCCACUUUGCGCUCAGCUCUUCUCUGCCCCUAAGAUACUGCCGUGUUUACACACCUUCUGCACAGCUUGCCUAGAGCUGUUGGAGCCCUUUUCAGAUCUGGGCUUGCCAGGUGAAGACUCGGACUCUAGUUCGGAAGGGCCUUGUUUCCAGAGCUGCCGGCAGCCGCCGCCAUCGCCGCUGCUCAGCAUCCUCUGUCCCGUCUGUGAUGCUGAGGUAGAUUUGCCGCCAGGAGGGAUCAAAGACUUGACCACCGAUCACAUGGCUCUGAAAGAGGUGCUGUUGGAGACCUUGCAGGGCGAAGGCCUUGGCAUAGCAUGUGACCUCUGCGUGGAUGGAGAAGCUGUGAAGCACUGCCAGGCCUGCCGGGUCUCCCUUUGCCAGUUUUGCUGCCAAGCUCACAAGAGGCAGAAGAAAACCGCUUCCCACCCUGUUGUGGAGUUGCAGGACUUGAAGGGCUACACCCACAUUGAGAAGCCCAUCCAGUGCCUUUUGCACCCUUCAGAGGAGCUGACGCUCUUCUGUGAGCAGUGUGACAUGUCUGUGUGCCAGGAAUGUGUGGUGGGUAAACACCGGCAGCACCCCUACAAUUUCACCAGCAACGUUAUCCAUAAGCACGGAGACUCCAUUCGGGAGCUCUUGAAGAUCACUCAGCUGAAUAUGAGAACUCUGGAAGGCGCGCUCAGCCGUAUUGAAGAGGUGGGCAGCGCCCUUAGCAGCCAUGUAGAAGCCGUGGCUCGGGAGAUCUGCGCUUUUGCGGACGGUUACGUGAAAGCCGUCGAAGAGCACCGAGACCGGCUGCUCAAGUUUCUGAACGAACUGAAGGUCCAGAGGGAGAGCCUGUUGCAUUUGCAGAAAGCCCAGCUGCUCCAGCUGCUCCUGGAUAUGCAGACAGGAGUGGAAUUUACCGAGCACCUGCUCACCAACGGCUCAGACCUUGAGAUCCUCCUUACCAAAGGGGUGGUGGAGAACCGACUGAGCAAGCUAACCAACGUGGACUGCAAUAUCCACCCUGUUGCGGAUGACAGAAUCCACUUCUCUCCUCAAAAGAAGGCCGGCGUAUACCAUGGCUAUGAAAUCUUUGGGGCCGUUCUCAACAAAGCGGCUCAUCCAGCCAAGUGUGUCCUGCAAGGAGCAGAUCUUGGCAGCACUCAUCAGAACGAGCCAGCCGGCUUCACUCUGGUCUGCAAGGACACUUCCGAUGAGCAGAUGGAUAGAGGAGGGGAGCCUGUCCGCGUGUCCAUUUUCCAUAAAGACAGGAAGGAUUGUGUCAUCAAGGCCAGCGUAAGUGACAAUCAAGAUGGGACAUACCAUAUUUCUUACAUCCCUGAGGAACCGGGCAAGUACAAGGUCUGCGUCUUUGUCAGAGGUCAACAUGUACAGGGCUCCCCCUUCACCAUGAUUGUAAAGAACAAGUUCCGCCCACACCGAGGCGUCUUCCACUGCUGCACAUUCUGCUCUAGUGGGGGGCAGAAGGCUGCUCGAUGCGCUUGUGCAGGAGUCAUGCCUGGUGGCUAUCAGGGCUGUGGCCACGGACACAAGGGCCACCCUGGCGCUCCUCACUGGUCCUGCUGUGGCAGCGUGGCUGAAGCCUCUGAGUGCUCCAUUGUGCCGUGUGGCGAGACCUUGGGAAGGAGCCCACUCAGGACUGUGGUGCUCUGAAGGGGCUUCUGGCAAGGCGGCAAGGCUUCAGCCCACAAGGCGUUACUCAGCUGCACUAGUUGCCAGAGAAUUUCCUGCAUUGAGAAGAUGAAACA